AUGGACCUGUGUGCUAAGGUAAUGGAAACUUUAGAAGAGGAGAGCAAGCACUGGGUGGAGAAGUUGUUUGCUCCUCAUUUCACUGCACAGGACUUUUUUAGUCGAGUCUACCAGCUUGAAUCACUGAUGUCUGAAAAACUGGCUUUCGAGAGAGCUAAGAGAGUGGAAGAAAUCUACAAUAUGGCAAUUAUAAAAUUUCAGGAAGAAAAAGGGCUCAAAAGAAAAGAAAGUCUUUCCAAACUCAUUGUUCGAGAAGCCGAGCCAAACUUAGUAGGUGCAAAGAUAAACAUUUCAAAGGAGGAAACAGAAGGGGAUUCUGCCUGCUGUGGAGCUGGUAAUUUAGAUGUUGGAACUGAAGAAAGCUUAAAGGAAACAGAGGGUCAUUGUAUCUGGAAUGCAAAGGAAUUAGCAGCUUUGCGACAAGAAAUGCACAAGAACCAUUUGGAAGGAGUUUCUCUGAAACUUCAGCUGUCCUCCUUGAAUGCAGAGUUAGGGGAACUUACAGCUAAAUACAAAAAAAUAGAAAUGGACUUUGAAAAUGCUGAACAAGAACUUCUAAAUUUGAAAAAAGAGGUUCGCUGCAAAACUUUCCAGUUAGAGCAGAUUGAAAGGGACAGCUUAAAAAAAGAUUUGGAGCUUCAAGCUUUAAAACAAGAUUUACAUGAAAAAUCAGCACACAUAAGAAGCUUAAAUGAAGAGCUGCUUCAGGCAAGAGAAGAAAUUCAGAAUUUAGAGCUAAAGAACAAAGAUUUACAGCAAGAAUUUAUGAAGUUAAAACAGCAACAGGAGCUUGGAAAUAAGACCACCAUAGAAAAGGUGAAAAUGCAGUACGGUGUAGAAAUAAGGAAAAUAAAAAGGGAAUUGGAAUCUGUUAAAAUUGAACUCAGUGCUGAAAGGGUCUCCCGUACUAGGAGUUGUAAGGCUUUAGAGAGACUUAGAAAACAUUUUUCAGUCCAACCAUUAUCUGAUACAUUUGACAAUCUGAGUGUAGAUUCCUUUAAAACAAAAGAGUGA